AUGACAGAACAAAAAGUCUUACGGGGCUCGCCUAGGUUUCCCCAAGAACUGUGCGACUUGGUGAUCGAUCAUCUACACGAUGAACCAGCGGCAUUGAAGGCGUGCUCGUUGGUUUGCAGGGCUUGGUUCCCUUCCACCGACCUUUACCUAUUCUCGACGCUCGUUUUUCCUCCUUGUCCAGACCUAUGGAAUCCGAGAAAGCGUUUACAGACAGGAGACAGUGAAACUCUUUGA